AUGCUAUCUACACUUCUCAUCUUUGCCUUUUUCCUUCCCUGGUGUUUGUCAUUACCAGUUGUCCCCAAGGAUGUCCAUGAUGACUUGAGCUUUUUUCAGGAUUACUUCCACCGAUUCUUCUACAGUGAAGAAGAAACUCAGUAUAAUUCUCUGGAGGAUCAGCUGCGCUUCUUGCAGCAUUUCUUCAGGCUGGAAGAAACUGGCUGGUUGGAUGAGCCCACGAUGGCUUUCAUACACCAGCCUCGGUGUGGGGUCCGAGAUAUUGCUGACUACUCCUUUUUUCCUGGGAAACCUAAAAUUCAUAAAAACCACAUAACCUACAGUAUCGUCAGCUAUCCAGACAACAUGAGUCGAAAGACAGUUCAAAAGAUUGUGCAGAAGGCAGCAGAAGUCUGGAGCAGUGUGACCCCCUUGAAAUUCCGAAGAGUGUACCGACACAAUUCUGACAUAGAGUUUGCUUUCGCUAGUGGAUAUCAUGGUGAUCCCUACCCCUUUGAUGGAAAAGGAAAUGUCCUAGCUCAUGCUUUUGCUCCAGAUCCUUACUACCAAGGAGCUGUCCACUUUGACAGUGAUGAAGAUUGGUCUGAUUCUGAGGAGGGCAUCAAUCUCUUCCUGGUGGCUGUUCACGAGAUAGGCCAUGCCUUGGGCCUGGGACACUCUCAGGAUAAAAACUCCAUCAUGUUCCCCAACUACAAAUACCAGGACCCAGAACUCUUCAGGCUCAGCGAUGAUGAUAUAGAAGGGAUCCAGAUGCUUUAUAAGGUCAGUACCUUGGGAAGAAGCGGGUGA